AUGAGUGCUACGAACAGAUCCUCUUCGUCGGUGUUUCUGCCGCCGUCCCAAACGCGCUUGGUCACGAUUGCCGCGCACGUGGAUCACGGCAAAACAACCUUGGCGGACAAUCUUAUCGAGGCCAACGGGCUUAUUUCGGAACGUCUCGCCGGGACUCUCCGCUACCUCGACUCGGAUCCGGAAGAACAACGCCGUGGCAUUACUAUGCGCAGCUCCGCGAUUGGGCUCCAGCACCACGUGAUUCAUCUCUACGAUUCUCCCGGACACACGGAUUUUUCUCGCGAAGUAUCGUCCGCCAUGUCCUGCUGCGAUACGGCCUUGCUCGUCGUGGAUGCCGUCGAGGGUAUGGGACCCCGUACACAUCAAGUCUUUCGGGAAGCCUACGCGCAACAGCUGGUUCCCAUUCUCGUGCUCAAUAAAAUCGAUCGAUUGUGUUUGGAUCUGCGCCUCACACCCACCGAGGCGUAUCUGCGUUUGCGGAAUCUACUCGAAACGGUCAACGCCGCCGCUUCCACCUUGUUGACCAGCUCGCGGCACGCGGACCACGCGUCAGGAAGCAAUGGCGAUCCGUCAACCGAGAUAACCACGGAAUUGGAAACACAGUGGACGUUUGAUCCGGCCCGUAAUAACGUGGUGUUUGCGUCCGCCCUGUUUGGAUUUGGAUUUACGGCACAAAAUUUGGCGAGAGCCUUGUAUCAGACCAAGGCUAUUCCAUCGUCCCUUAAACCACCCGUAUUUCGUUCCCUGGUUUUUGCCGACGCCAAACUCAAAGGUGAUAAGGUACUGAAGUGGAAGGCACGGGACCAGACAGACGAUGCUCCCAUUUUUGCCAUCUAUGGUUUGCAGCCACUGUGGGAUGUUUUGGAAGGCGUUGCGACGGCGGCCGCGGCAGCGGGACUCGGAUCGUCACAACUAACGGCAAUUACAAAUGCUGCUCAGGAGGAAUAUUCUCGAAUUGCGGAGGCGGUUCAAAAUUGCAGCGUUGCUCCGAACGCCCCCACCGUAGCGCAUGUGUACAAGUUUAUGGCCGCGGAACGUUCCCAAAUUCGGGAUCCAUGUUUGCCUACGAAUCUGGAGAGUCAUGAUGAGGACCACACAAGCUUGAUUCUGGGCGUAGCAAGGGUGUUGAGUGGGAGCUUGAAAACGGGAAAGUCUUACUACGCAAUGGGCCCAAAGCAUUUGCACACCGACUCCAAUAUUGUACCAAAACGAGCUAUACGGCUGUACUUACUCAUGGGUAGUUCGUUUGUACUCGUGGACGAGGUACCGGCUGGACAUUUGUGUGGGGUCUACAAUUUGGAAGACACGCAGCUUAAAACAAUCACGCUAUCUGACUCGCCCCACGGCAUGCCUCUGACUGCCAUGGAACAGGGUAUCCGACCCCUCGUGAAGGUCAACGUGGAAGCACAGGAAGCUUCUGAUACCAUUGCCUUAGAACGCGGAUUACGAAAACUGGCCUUGGCUGAUGCGGCCGUUGAAGUCACAGCGACGGCCAAAGGAGAACGGCUUUUGGCUUGUUUAGGAGAAAUUCAUUUGGAACAAUCUAUUCUGGAUCUUCGGAAUGUUUAUUGCGGUAGAGAAAUAAAAUUGCGCAUUUCUGAUCCCAUUGUAGACUUUGGCGAAACCACCGACUGGUUAAUGGAAGGCCACUUGAGACUUACGCUCCACUCAUCCAUGGCUGGACUCGGUCCUCUAUAUUCGGUACUUAACAAGCGUCGCGGCAAAGUCCUAGAUGAUUCCAUGGUUGAUGGUGCUGACUUGCUCAUGAUCACUGCGCUUAUUCCUCAAGCGGAAGCAUUUGGACUCGCACCGGAACUUUACAGCAAUACCAGUGGGGAGGUCACCGCGCCAGAACUAAAUUUUAGCCACUGGGAUCGACUUGACGUGGACCCGUUUUGGAUCCCAACAAGUUUAGAGGAACGGGAGGAUUUUGGCGAGUUACAGAUGGCUGGAGAUAUGUCUACUGGUCUGGACAAUACCGCUCUCAAAUAUAUUCGCAAAGUUCGAGAACAAAAAGGCCUGACUACUGACUCGGCCCGUACAGUUUUAAAUGCCGAAAAGCAGCGAACACUUAAGCGAUAGAAAUAAUGAAAGGAGUACGUAACUUGUAAC